AUGCAGGCCAUGGUGGAUGAACAGCGACGGCUUCAACAAGCGAAGCAGUCUCUGGAAGAUAUGGAAAAACAAAAGGAGGGUAGCACCGCCGAAGCUGUUUGCGAGAGGCUUGGCAGGCGCCAAUUCGAAGAGGGCGAGGACCUUUUCGCGGUGCAAUGGAGCGGCAUCCACAAGAUGGCACAAACUGGGGAUAUUCGCGGUUUAAGGUUUUUUCUUGAGGACAGCAACACACCACCAAAUAUCCGAGACGAUCGAGGCGACACGCCGUUGAACACAGCUGCCCACGCGGGCCAAUCUGCCGCAGUAGAAGAACUGCUCAAGCACGGGGCCGACGUCAACGCCAAGAACAACAAGGGAUGGACCCCAGCUCUGAGCGCGGCCUCGACCGACCACCGCGACGUGAUGAUGCUGCUCCACCAUGCGGGAGCGGAUCUGAAGAUGAAGGACAUAACCGGCUCCACUGCCGCACACAUGGCGGCCUCCACCAACAGCGUGCAAUCUAUCAAGGCGAUCUACGAAUGCUUCGGAGAUCCGGGGGUCUUGUCCGCGCAAUCGCACAACGGGUCCACUCCGGCGCACAUCGCCGCAAUUUUCGACAACGCCGAGGCGCUCAAGGCGCUGUACGAGCUCGGGGCGAACAUGGACAAGCAGGACAGAUCGGGCGAAACACCGGCUCACAAGGCUGCCAAAUCGCACCAUGUCCGGUGUGUGGAGUUUCUCCAGGCCGUGGGUGCCGACAUGAACACCACCAAUGAUGAGGUUUGGGUGAUCGGUAUCGAUAUUUCUAUGUAG